CUGGAGUCUGACGGACCUGGGGUCUGCCCUUGUUCCGGCAACUAGGAGCUCCCGGGGGGCUAUUGUGAGGAUGAAUUCAGUGAUGAAAGCGCUUUAGAGUCCGCGUAACGCUUAGUGGCGUGCGGAGGGGAAGGUCCAAGGCGGAGGUGCAGGAGGUGAAGGCGGAGCCAUACCUUGGGCCUGCGACUUAAAGGGGCAAAGAAAGGGCGCCGCGGCGCUCACCUGGGGCCUGUCCCCCUUACUAUGGUUUUGAGCCCCAAGCCCUUGGAAGCGUUUGCCAGUGGUAGGAAAGGAUAUUCCACCCUCCACGAUCCCCACCCUGCGUCAGUUCCGCGGUGGGUCCCGCGGUGUGGCUGCGCCCCUUUAAGAGCUCCGGGGGUUGGUCGGAGGUCGCGGCUUGCGCUCUGCCCGCGCCGCAUCCCCGCCGCGGAGCAGCUGGGCUAUGGCGCUGCGGGUCGGCCUGACCCUGGCGUUGGGCGCGGGACUGGGCGCGGCCGCUGAGCACUGGAGGCGGCGGCGUGCAAACGCGCAGGCGACGCCGGGGCUGUUGGGCCGGCUGCCCGUGCUGCCCGUGGCCGCGGCGGCCGAGUCUCCCGUCGUGCCCGCUCUGCCCGGGGGACCAGCAGGCCGCGGGCCCGGCGAGCUGGCCAAAUACGGGCUGCCUGGGGUUGCGCAGCUCAAGAGCCGCGAGUCGUACGUGCUGUGCUACGACCCGCGCACCCGCGGCGCGCUCUGGGUGGUCGAGCAGCUGCGGCCGGAGCGACUCCGCGGCGACGGCGACCGCCGCUCGUGCGACUUCCGCGAGGAUGACUCGGUGCAUGCAUAUCAUCGCGCCACUAACGCGGACUACCGCGGCAGCGGCUUCGACCGCGGCCACCUCGCCGCCGCCGCCAACCAUCGGUGGAGCCAGAAGGCCAUGGACGACACCUUCUACUUGAGCAACGUCGCGCCCCAGGUGCCCCACCUCAACCAGAACGCCUGGAACAACCUGGAGAAGUACAGCCGCAGCCUGACCCGCACCUACCAAAAUGUCUAUGUCUGCACAGGGCCACUCUUCCUGCCCAGGACGGAAGCUGACGGGAAGUCCUAUGUGAAGUACCAGGUAAUUGGCAAGAACCAUGUGGCUGUGCCCACACACUUCUUCAAGGUGCUGAUCCUGGAGGCAGCGGGUGGGCAAAUCGAGCUCCGCUCCUACGUGAUGCCAAACGCACCCGUGGAUGAGGCCAUCCCGCUGGAGCGCUUCCUGGUGCCCAUUGAGAGCAUUGAGCGGGCCUCAGGGCUGCUCUUUGUGCCAAACAUAUUGGCCCGGGCAGGAAACCUUAAGGCCAUUACUGCUGGCAGCAGAUGAGGGCAGCAGCCUGGAGACUGGGGACGGGUUGCAUUAAAGAUGGUUAUUUUUGGA